UCGUCAAGUGGUCCGCCGUGCCGUGGUGAGGUUUAGUACUCCGCGAACAGCAGGUUACCGUGCCGGCGACAUGUGCGCGUCUCGACGGUCGUCUGCAGCCCGCCCGUGAAACUCACUCCAAAGUCCCGAAGACUUCCUGAAUUUCGUGCGACUUUUUCCAUCUCGUUCCGGCCGUGUGCGAUUUUCUUCAAUCGGACCGCUCGGACAUUCUGUCGCAAUGAGCACAGAUAAACGAAGCCUGUCCGGCAGCAGGAAGGGCAAAUUGAGGUAUACGCUCAGAGGAGGAUUCGACUUCGAUACUAUGGGCCAUUCAAGAUAUCAUGAAUUGCGUAAAUUUGUGAAAAAGGGCAAUGACUUUUGCAAAGAACUUGGAAACAUUAUGCAAGAAAGAGUGGAACUUGAGUUGCUUUAUGCAAAAACAAUGUCUAAGCUUUCUGUAAAACUCAUGAAAGCAGCACAAAAAGGCGUCGGUUCAAUACAAAAAGCUUGGUUAGUGAUUGGUAAAGAGAUGGAAACCGAUGGUCAAGCACACCGUUGUAUUGCUAAUUCAUUGGAGGACGAUAUAGUGAAACCACUUAAGAAUUUGCAAGAAACACAUUGUAGAAUAAAAAAAACAGUUGAAUGCAAUGUUAGCAAAACCAAAAAGUGUAUGAACAAAUGGAGAACCGAUGAACGAAGAAGUAAAAAAGAAAGUUUCACUGUGGCUAGAGAAAACGAAAAAGUUCAAGACAUGACUAGUGAUGCUUCUUAUUCGAUCCUCACAAGUAAUUCGAAUUUAAUCAAAGAUGCUACUAAAUUGGAAAACAAAAAAAAAAAAUUGGAAGAGUCUGUAAAAAAGAGUUAUACAGAAUAUUAUACAUAUUGUGUUCGAACAGCUAGAGCCAAGCUCGAAUGGGARAUGUCUGUAAACGACGCCGAAAARAAUUUCAUGACAUUAGAGGAAGAACGUUUGCUGAGGCUAAAAGAAUACGCCCAUCACGUGUCGCAGACGUAUCUACAGCUUGUUCCGAAAAUUUCUCAGUUGUCAUCGCGACUCAGCGAACCGACGUACGAGUGCAACGUGUCGCAAGAUUUUACAAUAAUCACAGACACGGUGAAUCGAUACGACGAAGAUCUGAGCGUACAAGUGCUGCCCGACUUUUAUCCGGAACACACGAAUCUGGCGAUGAACAAAAAGAGAAGAAUAUCCGCAUUGACGAAAAUACUACAGCUUGUUAGACAGGAUUUGGACCGUGAGCGGCGCAGUAAAAAAGGCUUGGACACGCUGGCCAACGCGAUGCACCACCACGCUUCUUCCGGUUUAAAACAUGACGACUCGCACAAAAACGUCUACGAAAAACUUCACCACACGAAUUUAAUGAUACUGUACUUAGAAGCGGUCAAUUAUAAAAUAGUUACAGCACUAGCUACUCUGGAAGGUCACCCGCCCUCCGCGUCCAACACGUUCUCGCAGCACAUCGAGACGACCAGAGACAAAAACGGACAUCAGAUGUCUGUACUCAAAAUGCCCGCAUCAGUGUGCCAGAAGCUGACGUCCUCCGCAGCUCCCAUCGAUGCCCUGCUGAACGAGUCCAUGUGGUCAGAUCGAGGAUCCGCGGAUGGUACUGACAUCGAUGAUUUCUCUAGCGACGAAGACGAUGCCGAUGAUGACGAUGACGUUGAAAACAUAAAAAKACCUCGUUGUAAGGCUCUCUACCAGUAUUCAGCGAAAUUAAACGAUGAAUUGAGUUUAGAACCAGGUGAUGUUAUACACAUCCACAGCAAAAAGUCCGACGGCUGGUGGUUAGGAGAGCUGAAGGGCGCUGUCGGAGUAUUCCCAGCUACAUACGUUGUAGAAAUUGACUGAAAUGUGUUUAAAAUAUUUAUAUUGUAUAUAAUUAUAAGUUUACCAAAGAUUAUUAGAGCCUAACAAAUCACACACAGUUUAUGCAUAUACCUUUAUGUACAAUAUGUUGUUAACGUUUAAGUAUUAAGUAUAAUCUUAUACAGGUAAUUAUUACAAAAAUAAAACAUUUUCUUAAUUUUGUA